ACGUUCGCCCAGUGCAGCUCCCUUGAGAGCCUGCAGUGCUGUGUGGAUCAAGCUUUUGCUGUUUUGUGGCCUGAUGAAGCACAGGUCACAGCCGUUCCUCUAUGAAAGGUGUCUGGGCCAUUUCCAGUUUGGGGCAGCUGCAAAUACAGUGGCCGUGAACAUUCAACAUUCCUGUGCAGGUUUUCACAUGAGCUAACUUCUCACUCCCCGGGAAUCCAAGCCCGAGAGCGCAGACGCCGAGUUGCAUGACGAUAGGUCGCUUGGAUUUAUAAGGAGCUGCCUGACCCUUGCAGAGAGCUCCUGGCCCGGGUGCUAGGACGACUCCUCUGGGCACAGUGCUGCUCUGGAAGCCAAACUGAGGCACUGCCAGGUGCUGCGGGGCUUAGGCUGAUGGAGUCCAGGGCUUCACUGCUUCACCGCCAGGCUACACGAGCACCUUCACCAGCUCGGACACACCUCUGAAUCGGUCCGCUGGUGCUGAAGCAGCUGCUGCCCUUGCCUUUCUAAGGGACUUAGGCGUGGUCCUUUUGGACGGGGACCCAAGACCAUGGAGGGCAUCACCCUGGCACUGAGUGGGUUUCGAGCAGUGCUAGCAAUGGGGCCUGAGUCCAGCAGGCUGGAGUCAGGCUGCACUUCGCAGCUGGGACAGUCCCCACCCUGACUGCCGGCUGAAGGGUUUCACAGAGAAUGGGGUCGCCCCGUCCUCUCUGAGCCCUGCGCUGGGAGUCCAGGCAGCUCCCUUUCUGGGACCGCCUCUGCGGGCUCCCCAGGCAUUGUGUUCCGGGACAAAGGCACCACGUCUGUCCCAGUCACGGAGCAGGAGCCCCCACCUGUGGCACGGUCCCCUGUGGCCCGGUCCCCUGGGGCCCCUUCCCUGGAAUGGUGCAAGGAGCUAGCGAGUCACUGGAUGCUGCAGCUGCUCUGGUUCCCCUCCAGAUAGGGCCCUUGCCCUGCGCCUCCGCCUCCUUCUCACCGGCUGCACCUGCUGCUGGGUUGCAUUCGCACACACAGCCCGGGUGUGUUCCACAACUCCCACCCGCCUCUGCCCUGAGCAGGGCCUCCCAGCUGGCACACUGCACCUCCAGACUCCAGGACCCUGGGGCUAGCCAAAGGCCAAACCAAAGAAAGGGAGACCAAAGCAAACAGAAGAAUUCCCCUGCCUCCCCAGGAGCGCACACAAAAGAGCUGCCGCUGGGAAGAGGAAAGCCCCUCAUUGUUCUCCCUCCUGGCUGUGAUGACAAUCCCAGCCCAGGGUGCAGCCCCCUCCCCUGCAGCCUGCACCCUCCUCUUUCCCACCUUGGGCCCCUGAGAAAGACUCCGAGAGGCAGAUGUCCCGGCCCAGGAGUGGUUCCCACACGGGGAGGAAGUGAGGACUCACAAAGGACCGGACUUUUCCCUGAGGAAGCGGCAGGCUUUGCAGUGACAGACUGCCCGAGGAUGAGGGACAGGGCGGACGGGGCCCAGGGGACAGCCCUGGAGAGGAGCUGCCUCUCCGGAGGAAAGCGGGCCAUUGUGAGCACUUGUUUACAGGCCCAUGGCCCUGACCCCGCCGCUUGUCAACAGGCUGGGCGCCCCUCCUCCCCGGCCCCUGCAUUGUUGUGGUCCAUUCAUAAUUUUUUUCGGGGGUGGUUGUUGUUUGGCACCCAGGCCUGCCCCCAACUGGCUCACUGUCAGCAUUGUAACCCAGAGAAAAUGGCAAGAUAUCCUUCCCCACUCCCUGGAGCCAAGCCCGAGGCUGGUGCAUUAACUCUUAGAAGAUCAAGGGGGAAGUGGGGCUCCCCUCCGCUGCAGGCCGGCAGCCUGAGACUCGGCUCCAUCUUCCCGGAAUUGCUUGGGACAGAAGCCUAGGGUUCCAGGAGGGGUGGCAGGGAGCAUCUGGAGGUCACUGGCUUAGAUGCUGUGAGGGCUGACUGCUGGGGUCCAGGGAGGGAAGUAAGGGCAGGAGGAAGGGUGUCAGGCUGGGGCCGUCCUCCGAAAGGCUGAGUGGCCACCAGGACUACCACACACUUCCAAGGGAAUGUGGGUGCCCAGAGCCAGGGCACAGGGCUGGUGGCGAGGGAUGGCCUGGGAGUCGCAUGGAAGCACAGCCGUGGCGUGGACCUGGAGGCCCAGCCUGGAGAAGACUGGAGCCGUCUGCUAGCAGGGGUGGCUGAUUCCAAGGAACUCUGGGCCGGGGCCGGGACCAGGAGCAGGGCGGAAGCCUCUGGAGGCCUUGGCCCUGUCCGUGCUCCCAGUGUGGGAGGCUGACUUGCACCCCAGGAGAGCAAUGAGCUCCCAUCUCAGAAGGGGCCACGGAGACCCCCCAUCCCAGCCUGGAUGCUGAGCCCCCCGCAGGCAGCCCUGGGAAAGACGGGCCGAGGAGCCAGGACUCGGGACCCCGGAGCAGGCCCUGCCGCGUCUGUGCUCGCCCAGAACCCCUGCCCUGCCCUGGCAGCCCCAUCAAGCUGCUGUGAAGUUGUGAAGUUGCAGGGGCUUAUGGCGCCCCGCGGUCGGCUCGCUCUCCCACUCACUGCCCUCCUCACUGCCAGCCCCACUGCCUCCUCUGCCUCUCCUUGCACCCCGGCUCCUGCUCAGGCGCCCGGGGCUCCCUACAGCUUCUGGCCCUGUCGCCCUCUCUGAAAGCCCCUUCUCUCCCUGCCUUCUCCUCCCACCCGCACCCCCGAGUCCACCUGGCCUGCCUGUCGCAGCACACCGGCCCUGGAGCGUACCUCUCCCAGAUCCAGAAGCCCCAGACCCCCAUCGUGUGCCUGUGGCCUCUACAGCAGCCACAGUGCCCCUAAAGCGUCUGCAGAAGACUCGGCCUCACCGCCACCCUGCUCUGGGGCUGCGAUGGGUAGGAGGAGGGUCAUCCUCCAUGCCACCCUUGCAGCCGGCUUGAGCCACCACAGCAGGAGCCACCGAGCAGGCAGCUGCGACGGCACAAACCUGCUUCUGCACAGUGAAAGAUGAAGUCACUGAGACCGGUCCCUUCCAAGCCCUCUCUGCUAGGCUGGUAGGCACCGUCUUCUCCCUAUGUCCCCACGUGGUCCCCCGUGUGCCUCUGCACCCCAAUCUCUUGAGGGACACUGGUCACUUGGGAUGAGGCCGCACCAACAACCUGGCUCACCUUCAUUCCCUCUUUAAAGGCUCCAUCUGCAAAGAUGUCACCCCGAGGUGCCGGGUUAGGACUCCAACGCAUGCAUCUUCAGGGCACCAUGUGGUCCUUGGCAGCGGAUUUGAGGUGCUCUUCCUCUCAGAUCAUCUCCAGCAACUCUGCGCUUCCAGGAAUGGUGAAUGGCCAGGAGGGUGGAGCAGCCGGUGGAGAAAAGGGAUGGUGGGGUCUGAGCCUGCAGAGGGGUGCAGCUGAGCCUGGAGCCCCAGUCACGCUGCCCCACGCUGGACGUCUGUACGCGGCACAGCACAGCCCUGUGCACAUGGGGUGGCCUGAAGCCAUCUGUGGCCAUGCAUGGACUUCUGGUCAUGGCCUCUGUCAAGCCUGGGUACAAGGACAAAGACGUGUGCUGCUGACAGAGAUGAGCUGCACAGAGGUUGGGUCCGCUCUAGGGGACAGACGGUGCAUCGGAAGAGAGGCCCCACUCCUUUCUGGGCAGGGAAGGUGUCAUCAAGGGCAGGAUAAAGCCUUCUCGUGAGGCGGAGCCUCCUGACCCAGGGCUGCUUGCCAUGUGUGCAUGCACAUGUGAGUGGGGCGUGGGUGUGUGUCUAUGUGUGCACACAUGUGCUGGCAUGCACGCCAUGUGUCUGCAUAUGCAUGUGUGGGCGCCAUGGGCACUGCAAGUGCUGAGUGCCGGGAUGCUAGGGCGAGGGGAGGGGGCUCAGCAGCUCAGGGAGGCUGUGAUUCCUGCCACAGCACACAGCUGCAGCACUUCAGUCACCAGAGCCACCCAGAGAGGCAGGGCUCCUGUCUCUCCCCAGCCCAUGCCUGCUCCGAGGGCUUCCUUCUGGCUCAGGGCCUUGUUUCCAGCAACCCCUGCUUUGUGGUGAUGAGGACUGUCAGGAUUCAAGAGAGCAGGACUCUUCUGAAACAGCGUGACACACGUCAUCCUAGGAAGCCCCAGCACCCAGCGCCGAGGUGCACCCAGGACCUUGGUGUGAUUGGCAUCGAGGCACUGAGGCCAGCAGGGUGCUGUCGGCGAUGCUGUGGACUUGGCUGGGAGCCCAGGCUUGGAUCCUGGCUGGGCCAUGUUGCAAGGGCCUCCCCACCUAGCAAAACUCCAAAUCAGAGCCGAGAAGGCAGAGAAGAUAACCUGUCCCCUUUCCAGAGCCCAUGGUGGGCCGAGGGUCCACUGCCUCACAGACCUCCUCCCGGGGUCUGCGGUGACCCAGCCCCACACCCCACCACUCUCUGGCAGCCCUGGGGCUCAGAGCUUCCCAAAGCAUUCUCCUCUCUUGGACUCCGUGGCACUGAGUCAGCAUCUCCAUCCCCCAGCAAGGCAAGGAAAAGGUGGCAGGAAAGACCUCAUCUACCGCGGGACUGUCUCAACCCAGGAGAGACGUGCUCCUCCGAGCAAGCCUGUUCCCCGAGUUUGGGACAGGCUCAUGGCAGAGCCUUUCCGUGAGGACUUCAAACCGGGUCCUCUGGGCUUCUUCUCCUCUCGGCCUGAUCCUCAGCUUCUGUCUGACCCUGAUCCUUCAUUCGGAGUCCUGCAAAGUCAGUCUGGAGCCCGUCUCGCAGUCCUGACAGCUGCUCCCCCUCAGUAGAUGGUCACUCGACCCCAGAAAACCUCUGCUCUCCCACGUGCCUGCAGCAGGCGUCCUCUCCCCUGGUCAAGUCAAAUCCUUGUUCCCGUGGCUCCUCUCAGUUUCCACGUCAGCACUGGUCCUGGCUCUAAGCGCCCCAGUUCUUGCCGUCUGAGUUGAGUCCCCCUCUCCUCCCUGUUGUGGUCAUCUUGACCCCUGUGGGGAGGCUCCAGUGUGGUCUUCCUUGCCGUUUUAACAAGUGUCAGAAUAAUUGUUUCUCUUAUAAGCAAUGUGAUCAAACAAAACCCAGUGAAUCUCUGCCCUGUUGGGGUACUGUUGCCUACCAAGUUGGCUUCUGAGCUGUACCAGCUGCCAGGAGAGCCACCGUGAAGGUCCCCAGCCAUACUGAGUCAUGGCAGGUGGCUACUAUGGCCAAGAGGCUCCCAAAGCCAGAUGCAUCUCAGGGAGGGCCUGCCCGGGACACGGCCUGAGCUCCUGGCCCCCUCAGUCCUCAUGCAAGCUGGCCGAGGCUCUUUCUGGCAGCUCUGGUCCCUGCAUCUCUGUCGGCCGCAGGUGGAGAGAAACCAUGCCCGGAGGGCUGGCGGUGCCCACACAAAGGAGGCUCCUCUCCACGUGCCACGUGGACCACGAGAUGUGACUCCAGGACACUGGGAACCGAGGGAGCCUACAGGUCUGGCCCUCUUCUUCCCCUGCCCACGGGACUGAGCCACUGGGCUAAAUCUCUCACCUCCCACCAACCCACAAAGUGCGAGCUGAGGGGAGCUCCCUUCCCAACGGGGGGAUCCCAGAGGUCGUGGCCAAAGGAGCCAGAAAGGACAGCGCAGUUGUUUUCACUGUUACUUCUUGAGGUUGAGAGAAAACCGUCUUCUACAGGUUUCAUGGUGGGAGGAGGAAAAAAUAAGCUGCAACCUGGUGGGGGAUUUUAAAAAUAAGUCUUGGGCCGAUGUGUUUAAUGCCCACCCCAUGGGGCUCCUUGGCCCAUAACUCGGGAGCACAAUGGCUUUUCUUGUUAUGAAUGAGUGUGAAGUGCCAGCAGAGGAAAUAGGAAGCCCCCAAUGUAGGCUGAAUGGACCUGUGAACAGGGAUAAUAAAAGUUGUCCUGGAUUUCCGUUACCACCAGGUGUUUCCGCCGGGACUUCCAUUCAUUCAGGCCCAGGGGCGGCCAGUGCUGCCAGAUCUCCCUGCCGACCCCUGGGCCGUGCCCCGACCUCCCCACAGCCAUGACCCAUGUGGACCUGGGACCCUGGGGUCUGGGAUGGAUGUGUCCUGAUCCUGGCGGGCCCAACUCUUAAAUCCGUCCAGAGCAGAGGAGAAGGCAGGGCCCGUGAGCAGGUCCUGUGGUCACAGCUCCCCUUGAAGGUCGGUUUCCACUGGGGGCUCAGGAGAGACACUCAGGUACACCCAGAGACAGGUGGCUGCAAGCAGUGGUGACACAGGCGCCAGCCAGGUCCCCAGCAGCAGGGAGGUUGGGGUUGGAAACUGACAAGGGCCGUGCAUUCUCCAGGAGGCUGGGACACACCCUCCGAGGAGCCCCUCCAAGGACCUAGAGCAUGUCUCUUCCAUCACUGCCCCUAGCCCUUAGCUCCCAGGUGAGCACAUCCAGUGCUACCUGCCAUGAUCUGAAACCAGCUUGUAUACCCAGGGAGCUACUCCAACCAAAGAGCACAGGAGGCUUCUGUCCCAAAAGCCCACAUGAACCGGGACGGAUGCCUGGAGGAGCCAGAUGCAGGGCAGGGGUGGGGAUUGGAGGGGACAGGUCUGCCCGCUGCCUACAGUGUUCGUGUCAGUGUAUUGCAUCAUGGUGUGGGCCACAGAAUACACACUGCCCACUGCCCACUGACAGCCUUCUCCUUAUCGGAUGCUGGGGGAGCUGCUGGGAUGAGAGGUCGAGGCUGGCUUCAUCACCCUAACCGAGCAGAUUCUUAGGCAAGGCACAUAGUCCCAGCCGGAAGAGCCUUGCCCUCCUGAAAUGGGAGGAGGCCUUUGCUCAAGGUGGAAAUAUGUUACAGACUCCUGGGCUCUCUACGUUGGAGACGGUUCCCCAUUUGACUAGCUGAGCAGACAGGAGAUCCCAGGCCAGCGGUGCCUUGACCUAGUCCAGAGGAUGCGUCACACCUCCCAGGCUAGAGGGCUCUCCACCCCAAGAGCCUGUCUGGCCUAUCCCAUGCCACACACCAGGGAGCCUGCCUUGUCUGCACAGGUAUCUGACCUCACAGUCACUGGGACAUCACAGGGCCCUGUCUGCUGUCACAGCAUUGCUGGGAGCUGGGAGCCCCAAGCCCCACCACUUGCAAGCCCAGCCUUCUGGCCCUGCCUUGAGGAGACAGUGUGGAGCUCCGCAGUCCACGUGACCUAUGAACAUCCAAGCCGCAGAGCAGUCCUCUCGCUGGAGUUGCUCAGGGUGCAGCGUCCAGUGCAGCCCUGUUCAGAGCUGCAUCUCCUUAGUCCCCCAGGGCCUAGAGUUACCCAUACGACAUCAGAGACAACUGCAUCUUCGUGUCCCCCAAGGUCCUGAAGGUAACGACGGUAACAAAGAGGAGGAUGAAAACAGACACAGCCCUUGAGUGUGGGGCUGUGUAUUUUCCUGUGUCUUAUUUUUGGUCUGGUGACUGAGGCUGAAAGAGGGCAGAGAGCUCUGUAACCCCCAGGAUUACAGAGGCCCGCGGGCUGCCAGAAGAGUCCUAACCAAUAAGUGGUACAGACCCUCCUUAGUCCUCAUGGCCAGGAAGCCGGGUCUGCAGGAAGCUGUCUGCCACCAACGCACGGCCGGAAGUGCAGAGCCACUGGGGACAUCCGCCGGGGUCUGCAGCACUGCCAAGCAGAGGAGGGAGAUGUCCGUGCCAGGGUGGAGGCAGCCGCACCGUGGACAAAGGCUUCUGCCCAGCUCCCAGGAGGGCGGAGAGAGGGACAGACUGGAGAGGGACUGGCCCACACCGUACCCCCACUAAUAUGCCCAGAACGCAGGUUGUCACCCCUCAAAGUGGGCUGCUCAUUUGCUGACCGACUUGUUGCUGCUUCUCACUAGAAAGCUCCCCAGAAUGCCUUGUCCUCUCUGAAGGAGGUUCUCACUCACUCCCUGCGAAGCCUCAGGCAAGUGAUUCUCACUGACCCCAGGUGUGCGGUUUGCAACAUAGGAUCACAGGGGAGGUUCCCACAGGGAGCCAUCACAGAAUGGAAACCCUGGAGGGACAGAAAGGUUUGGGGGACAUGGGGAGGAGGGGACAGGCCACAAAGGCCGGCAGCUGGAGCGGGUGGAGAGCAGGUUGGGGGAGCCGGGUCAGGGCACCCCUGCUGCCAGACAGGGUGGGGUUUUCUCAUCAGGCAAGAGGGACAGAGGUUUGAAGCCACAAGAAGCCACCUGCCCUGAACCUUUGGCCUGAGUUAGAAACAACCUCAUGGAAUUGCAGGUCCUGUUGUGGACUCUGAAAGCCUGAGAGCCCACCUUCAGCUCCAGCAAAAGCAGCGUGUGAGGUCGCGUGAGUUGCCCUGCCCCGACACGCCCCUCUGUGGUCUCUGUGGCUCAGGGGUGAACGCGGCCGGCUGGGUUGUGUUUCCCAUCAUUCUCUCCACAUUGUCCCUGAGGAAGAAAUCAGGGACUGGCAGACAAAGUCACUGAAAAGCUCUGCCCCUGAGAGCGGGCAGAGGGCGCUGAUGAGGAGCAGCAAGGUGGCAUCUCUUGAGUCUGGAUAGAAGCAAUGCAUCUUCUUCUAAGUGGUGUGUGCCAGGGCCAGCUGGACAGCAGUCGUCAGGACAGAGGCUGGAAUCUUCCUUGGCCAAAACCCUGAAAGGCCCAAGUCCAAGAAUUUGGGGAUCAGGUGAGGUGGUGCUGGAAAAAGCUGCAAACCCAGAGCCCAAGCAUCAGCUCUCACUCCAGGGUGCGAAGUGAAGCUUUUGUGAGCUUUUGCUACAAAGCCAGUCCAGAGUGAGACAGUGGUGCAGGUGUGGACGUGGGAAGAGCCGCAAGAGCUGUAGCUGACCACAAAGCACAGGCCAGGUGAGGAGCCGGAGUCCUGGCCACGACUCGCCAAGGUCAGCAGGGGCAGGGUCCCGGGCCAGCAGUCCUACAGGGCAAGAGGGAAGGGGACGCUCUGUCCCAGGCAGGCGCUGCUUCUCCGUCUUCCAAGCCGUGGAGCCGAUGUUCCGAGGACAAGGUGGAAGCCAGCGUGUGGCAAGUCGGCAGUUUGUGGAGCCAGCAGCCUCCUGCCCUCUGCCUCCUUGGCGAGGCCACAUCAUCAUCACCCUGUGUGUCUCCACCCGGAAGCCAUGGGCCACAGCAGGCCAGGGCAAACUCACCUCCUUUGAGAAUCGGGGACGAGAUCUGUUUCCACCAAGAACUUGGGAGCAACACAGGUUUCAGUCUGAGCAAUAGCAGUUGAACAGUUUCUGUUUUCGGUUUUUGUGGUACUGAGGGUGAACUAUAUAUAAUAAACUUUAUAUACUUCCCACUGAGCUAUACCCACAGCUCUUUUUUAUUUUGAGACAAGGUCUUGUGAAGUUACUACGUUGCUCGGGCUAGGCUUGAACUUGUGAUCUUCCUGUGUCAGACUCCCAGAGGGCUAGUAUGAAAGCCAUGCAGACCACACCUGGCUGGAACACUGGUAUUUAAUGUGAGUUUGGAAGUUGCCAGCCAUAGUGAAAACAGGCAAAGUCAUUGCUGUCCCUCCUGCCACUGAGUUCUGAGCAGUGUUUCAGCAGGGAUUGUGGAUUUGAAGUUUGGGCAGAUGUUGUGGGGUGGUUAGUAGACUCUGGGUUGGGGCUAACUGCCAAGCCCCAGGCACGCGUGAUUGUCCCAUAUGAUCAUGGGACACUGUGAAUGCAGGCAGUGGCCAAGGUCAUGUAGAAUGGAAAGUGCUUUAUAAACUGUAGAGUGCUCUAGACAUGGGAAGUGCUCUGGUUUGGGGUUCUAGGAUGGAUGCUCUUGGCCUGAAGAACCCCUUGCUCUGGGUGUCAUUGCUGGCUGCUGUUUUCCUAGGCAGUGGGGAAUGGAGCGGCCAGGCAGCCACUGGCCCGAGGGUGGCCUUGUUGGUGGCAGGGAUUGGAGGGGGUCGAAGGUGGACUUGGAAAACCCAGGUUCCCACCUCAGCCCUGCGGGUCACCUGUCCUGCGACUGUAGGCAAACCUCACCCUCCCUCUGAGCCUGAGUUUGUAGGCUGGAAUGACCUCUAAAUCCUUGCUAACUCUGAAAAGCAAAUUCCUGCCCCUCAAAAAUACAAAUUGGAUUGAACCCCUUUGCCUUUAAAUUUCAGAACUUAACGCUACAGCAAGCACAAGCUAGUGCUCACAUUCUGUCCUCCUGUCCUCUGUCCCGCACAAUGGUUCCAAGAGCCCCCACAGCCCCCCUGUCCCUCUGGACUCUGAAUGUCCCUUUCAUCCCUAACAGUGCCCUGAGCCACCCUCUGACCUACUCAGAAGAUGAGGGAGGUCCAGUGGUUGGAUGUCCCCAGGCUCCUGUCCACUGGAAGGCUCUCCUGAUACCAGACCACACUCCCAGUGAACCCUAAUUUAACCAAAAUGCCAAA